CCCCACUCCUGGAGGGUAGGAGUGCGGCUCUGCGCCGACGUCCCUCGGCUGCCAACAAGCUCCGGCAGUGCCCCACCUCCCGAGGGCAGGCUGGCUCCGAGCUGCGGGUUGCUCCUCUGAUGCCCCGCAGGUUCCGCACCCAGAGACUGAGGGCACCGGGGCCAGGAUGGCACCUGGCUAACACGGCCCGGCCAGCAGGUGGCGCAAGAGGCCGUCGAGGCUCCUGGCCCCGCCCCCGGCACGCCCUGGCCACGCCCUGGCCACGCCCCCAGGCCUCCGGAGUUGCAGGGACCUCGUAGAUGCUGGGACUUGCUACACACUCCGGCAGCGGCGCGGUGGUCCCCGUCGAUACCCGAAUUGCAGUGAGUCGCCGCUGGGAGGACGCCGGGACUGCAGCUGCACUCUGAGAUGCCUGUACCCACUGCUGUGUCUCAGAGACCAGGAAACUGAGGGUCAAAGCCACUCAACCAGAAGGUGCCAGAGCUGGGCUCACUCUGGCUUCUGCUCUUGACCAGAGGCAAUGACUCAGGAUGCAGCCAGGGGCCACGACAUGCACGGAGGACCGCAUCCAGCACGCCCUGGAGCGCUGCUUACAUGGACUCAGCCUGGGCCGCCGCUCCACAUCCUGGUCAGCUGGGCUGUGUCUGAACUGCUGGAGCCUGCAGGAGCUAGUAAGCAGGGACCCGGGCCACUUCCUCAUCCUCCUGGAGCAGAUCCUGCAGAAAACCCGGGAGGUUCAAGAAAAGGGUACCUAUGACCUCCUCACCCCACUGGCCCUGCUCUUCUAUUCCACUGUCCUCUGUACACCGCAUUUCCCGCCAGACUCAGAUCUCCUUCUGAAGGCGGCCAGAACCUACCACCGGUUCCUGACCUGGCCCGUUCCUUACUGUAGCAUCUGCCAGGAACUGCUCACCGUCAUCGAUGCUGAACUCAAGGCCCCAGGAAUCUCCUACCAACGACUGGUGAGAGCUGAGCAGGGUCUGCCCCUCAGGAGUCACCGGAGUUCCACUGUCACGGUACUGUUGCUGAAUCCAGUGGAGGUGGAGGCCGAAUUCCUUGCAGUGGCGGACAAGCUGAGUGCACCCGAGCACUCACCCCACAGUGCCUAUACUACCUUGCUCCUGCAUGCCUUCCAGGCCACCUUCGGGGCCCACUGUGACCUCCCAGGCCUGCACUGCCAGCUGCAGUCAAAGACCCUGGAAGAGCUCGAAGACAUCUUCACGGAGACGGCAGAGGCGCAGGAGCUGGCAUCCAACAUCAGGGAUGCAACGGAGGCCCGGCAGUGGCUCAAGACAAAGCUGCGGGCGGUGGGAGAAAAGGCUGGCUUCCGUGGGGUCUUGGACACUGCAAACCCUGGGAAGCUCCGCACCAUCCCCAUCCCUGUGGCCAGGUGCUACACCUACAGCUGGAGCCAGGACAGCUUUGACAUCCUGCAGGAAAUCCUGCUAAAGGAGCAGGAGUUGCUCCAGCCAGGGAUCUUGACAGAUGAUGAAGAGGAGGAAGAGGAGGAAGAAGAGGAGGAGGAAGAGGAAGAGGAGGAGGAAGACUUGGAAACCCACGGGCACCGUGCGGAGAGAGACUCUUUGCUCUCCACCAUUUCUUUUGCGUCUCACGACUCCACACUGUCCCUUGCCUCUUCCCAAGCCUCAGGGCCAGGACUGUCGCGUCACCUGCUGACCUCCUUUGUCUCAGGCCUCUCAGACGGCAUGGACAGUGGCUAUGUGGAGGACAGUGAGGAGAGUUCCCCUGAGUGGUCCAAAAGUCCUGGCCGUGAGGGGCACCGGGGCCACCGCAGGCCCAGGCAGAAAUUCAACAGGAUCUAUAAACUCUUCAAGAGCACCAGCCAGCUGGUGCUGCGGAGGGAAUCCCGGAGCCUGGAGAGCAGCUCGGACACAGCCACAGCGCUGCCCCUGCGGCGAGCGGGGAGCCUCUGCAGCCCCGUGGAGAGUCCGGUGCAGCUCCACUCCCGGGCCCAGCGCUCACGUUCCCUGCCCCAGCCCCAGCUCAGCACCCAGCUGCCUAGCUGGCUCCUGGCCCCCUCUUCAUGCCACCAGCGCCGCCGCCCCUUUUUAAGUGGGGACGAGGACCCCAAGGCGUCCACACUACGGGUUGUUGUCUUUGGCUCUGAUCGGAUUUCAGGGAAGGUGGCUCGGGCAUAUAGUAACCUCCGGAGGCUGGAGAACACGCGCCCCCUUCUCACUCGGUUCUUUAAGCUUCAGUUCUUCUACGUGCCUGUGAAACGCAGCCACAGUGCCAGCUCUAGUGCCUGCCCGUCCCCCUCAAGCAAGACAUCCCCCCUCCCCACAGACUCCCCGAGACACCCCAGCCCUACAUGUCAGUCCUGCAGCUGGGAUGGCCGGACCUCCUGGGUAGCUAGGAAUGGCUCUCAUCAUCUGUCUCAGGAGCUGGACACGGGCCCAUGGGAGGACAGUACCAAUGACAUCUCCCACUACCUCGGCAUGCUUGACCCCUGGUAUGAGCGCAACGUGCUGGGCCUCAUGAACCUGCCCCCUGAAGUCCUGUGCCAGCACUCCCUGAAGGCUGAACCCAGGCCCCUGCAGAGCCCCUCUGCCCAGCUGCCCAUCCUGGCCGACAUGCUGCUGUAUUACUGCCGAUUUGCCGCGCGGCCGGUGCUCCUGCAGGUGUAUCAGACAGAGCUGACCUUUGUCACUGGGGUGAAGACCACGGAGAUCUUCAUCCAUUCCCUGGAGCUGGGUCACUCUGCUGCCACGAGAGCCAUCAAAGCUUCAGGUCCUGGCAGCAAGCGGCUGGGCAUCGAUGGCGACCGGGAGGCCGUCCCUCUAACACUACAAAUUAUUUACAGCAAGGGGGCCAUCAGCGGAAGGAGCCGCUGGAGCAACGUGGAGAAAGUCUGUACCUCCGUGAACCUCAACAAGGCCUGCAGGAAGCAGGAGGAGCUAGACUCCAGCAUGGAGGCCCUGACGCUAACCCUGACAGAAGUGGUGAAAAGGCAAAACCCCAAGUCCAAGAAAGGCUUUAACCAGAUUAGCACGUCACAGAUCAAAGUGGACAAGGUGCAAAUCGUGGGCUCUAGUGGCUGCCCCUUUGCUGUGUGUCUGGAUCAGGAUGAGAGGAAGAUCCUGCAGAGCGUGAUCAGGUGUGAAGUGUCUCCUUGCUACAAGCCAGAGAAGAGAAGCCCAUCACCCCAAAGGCCUCCCAACCCACCGGCCCAGGCUGCGCCUGACUUCUGCUCCCUCCUCUGCCUGCCCAUCAUGACUUUCAGUGGGGCUCUGCCCUAGCUGGCACUGGCAGUGGACUGACAGGAAGAUCCUUCUCUAGGACAGUGACUCUGGAAACCGAGUGGCCCAUGCUGGGUCAUGGUCUCUCUCUAAGUGUACAAUAGACCCAUGAGCGUGGUGGGAGAUCAUUUCUGGGGCCUCAGACAUCUGGGAACAAAGUAGGCAUUAGGAGAGUGUAGCCUGCCCCCGUAGCCUCUCAGACUCCUUUUAGUAGAGGAAGAAAGACAAGUUGGCCUGCACAGGGUGCUCUGGCCUAGUUAGGCCUUCUCUCCCAGGCCUAGGCAGCACCCGGCCUUACCUUGCCAAAGACUUGGCUUCUCUCUUUGAAAAUCAGUCGUCUGUACUCUGGGACACAAGUGGGAGAGAGAUGGAUGAAUCUUUUCUUCCCUGACUCAGUACCAUCUUUUCACUUCCCACAUCACCUCUCUGUCUCUCUCUCUCUCUCUGUCUCACACACACACACACACACACACACACACACACACACACACACUCAGGUUCCCUGCGACCUCUGACAAAGCAGCACUAACACUGGACACAGGUGUUGUCAGGAACUCCCUCGAACCUCUUUCUGGGUCUGAGCUUCUGGGAGCACAGAGCAGGCACAUACCUGGUCGCAGCUGAGUCGCUUUCUAACUGAGCGGCCAGAGGAAGUUAAUGAAAUUCUUCGAACCUUUAUUUCCUGAGCACUAAAAGGAGAGGGAAGUAAGACUUCCUUACAGUGUUGAAACUGCACACCAGGCACCUCGCCCAGUGCCUCUCUCCUGGCUCAGCAAAGAUUGGCGUAUUGCCCUCCAAUGCAGAGUCCUCUCUCCCUGGUCCCAGGGACACUCCCUGCCUCUGGCAUGCUGGUCACUCACUCCUUCCCAACCCACGAGGCCGAACUCAGAUUAAGAGACUAAGGGGUGACCAGUUGUAGCUUCCAAAGAAGGAACUGUACUUGGCAGGGGCAGGGAGGACCACUCAGGUGCUCCACUGCCAUCCCUUCUCCGUCAGACUCAUCCCGUUGCUCCCUCUCCCAUUUUUGGGCACACUGUGUACACAAUUGCAGACCACACGAGGUCACUGGCACUGUUCUGGCACCUGGGCAAGAUCUCAGAUGGCUAAAGGAUGGAGGGACUGAAUCAUAAGCUUUCUUAGUGGCUGAUACAUGAGACCCGUGCACAGGAAACGAUUAGCAUGAUAAGACAUGAGAGUCCAACAUUUGAAGCUACCACGCUGGCUUGGUUUGAGGGGUUGACACACAGGGGAGAGGGCAGGACCAGGAUUUGGGCCAGUCCAUGUGGGGAAAGUGAUCAUGGAAACAAUCCUAGUUUUUGCACUGGCCCCACCUCCUGUCUUCUGAUUCAUUCUUCUCAAACGGUCCCAGGCUUAUAGGAGCCCCCAAAAUCCUACACUAGAGUACUCAGGAUUUGAGAUGAGUAGACAGAUCUGCUGUGUCACCAUUCCCCUGUCCCAGCCAUCUGGAAGAACCAUCAGCCAUGUAACUUUAUCCUUUUUUUUUUUGUGCAAACUACUACUACGUGACCAAUAAAUGUACAGCAAUCAAUGUAUGAAAUUUAAUGUUAUUGUCAAAUAAAACUUAAUUUUUCUUGUA